AAGUCACGUGACCUAGCCUGGAAAAAGACAAGGCUUUAGCCGAAACUGAACAUUCAAAAACUCGACGUUUAAAUAAUGAAAAAGAGCGACGCAAUUUAUUCAGCAGUCUUCACAAAACACUUGCAAGUCGUAUUGUCAUUCGUCUGGUGUUGAAAGGAGAUGACGAGACGGGGAAAUUCUAUUCAACUCUUGAGGACUGAGUCAUAUGACGACAAAGCUGCGACUUCUUCUGUUUUGCACCACGCUGUUGUGCUACUGUGUGAUUCUGCUGGUCAACGGCGUCCUUAUCGUCACCAUCGUACUGGAGAAAAAUCUCCAUGAACCCAUGUACGUUUUCCUGUGCAAUCUAUGCGUUAAUGCACUGUAUGGGACGGCGGCUUUUUACCCCAAAUUCCUGUAUGAUCUCUUGUCUGACAGCCACAUGAUAUCUUAUUUCGGGUGUUUGUUGCAGCUCUAUGUCAUCUAUUCCUACGCAGCGACAGAGUUCAGCAUUUUAGCCGUGAUGGCUUACGACCGAUACGUGGCCAUAUGUCGACCGCUGGAGUAUCACUCUGUCAUGACUAAAACUUGGGUGGUGUUUUUGGUGGCCUUCUCCAGACUUGUACCUCUGUUCAGCCAGGGUAUAACAUGGGUAUUGACCUCCAAACUGCAGCUGUGCGGCUCCUACAUACAGAAACUGUACUGCGAGAACUGGUCCAUCCUGACACUUUCCUGCACUUCCAUAACAACCAACAGUUCUGUCGGUUUCACUUUUACCAUGUUCUACUUGGGAUACGAUAUUUUCAUCUUCUGUUCCUACGUCCAGCUGAUUAAGUUAGCCCUGAGGUCCAAAGAGGGGAAGAAGAAGUUCUCGCAGACGUGUGUGCCGCAUCUGCUGUGUUUGCUGAACGUGACUGUGGCUUUGCUCUUUGACCUCAUGUACGCGCGGUACGGAUCCGAGUCCAUGGAUCAGAGUUUGAGGAACUUCAUGGCCAUCCAGUUCCUCAUGAUCCCACCUUUACUCAACCCUAUUAUUUACGGCCUUAAAAUAUCAAGGGUUCGCAAUAAUAUUCUGAAAUAUUUUACAAAGAAAAUGGUGGUUUAAAUGAAGGGAAGUUCUGACUGUUUUUGUGUGGAUGACAGAUGAACAAUAAAGAGGGUCGGUCUGGUAAAUGUUUUGUAGAAAAUCUCUUCAAAGUGACUUUUCUUAAUAUUUUGCUCAAGCUGGUGCACACAUUUGUAGUUUGCAAGCUGAAAAAAAUAAGGCUACUGUAGGAUCGACCUAACAUUUUUUUGUGUGUGUUAUAGGUUGCAAAAAUGUAACUCUUAUAUACAUUUUUUGACUGCAUCUGUUAUUUAUGUUACAAGGUAGUAGUGGGAUGGAACCACAUACAUGUUAAACCACCCCAUGUUGUGUACAACAGAAAUGUAUAAGCU